CGGGAGGGGGCGAACCACGUGCUGACCAGGGCACUGCUUAACGGAGCACACACUCAGGGUUCCAGGGACAGAGGCCAAGCUGGAAUAUGAUGUAUUUUUUUCUUUCUUAGUGAGGGGUUUGACAUAAAGUAUAUUGCUUGUUUAAUUGGGUGUAGCGGCCACAGAUUGCUUUUUCUGAGGAGCUUUGCAAGUUGAUAUUUGAGCUACAGGAUAGAACCUCAAAGGGGGCUGGUGAGAGGAUUCCAGGGAAGCUCAGCGCUGUUUGAGGACGCAGCCCUUGGAGAUCCGCAAAGGAGCUUUAAGGAGUUUGGGGAACUUAGAGGAAACUCUUGUUUCCUGCCAUAUGUGGACAAUUCCAGUAUGAGGUUGCACUUUCAACAAAGUGGUGUAGGAGUCACAGCUUUGGGUUUACAGGACCAUAGAGCCAUGGAAACAAUCAGGUACUCAUCUUGAAAAAUGAGGGGGAGGUAGGAAGUUUGCGAGAUGUAUGAGAUGGGGUACUACAGCCUCCCUCUAAAUCUGCUCUGAGAACCCAAAUAGAUACCUCUGUAUUUCAAUGAUGCUAGAAAUGGUCUCUCUGCUUAGAGAGGUUAGUCUUGUGGCUUUCUUUCACACUUAAUCCAGAUUUGCUCUCUAAGACAUGGGUUGGUAGGAGUCUCUAUAAACAUUGCAAAAUGCCUUCAGAACAAAGCCAGUUGUACCUUGGGUAUAAUAGAUAAAUAAUCUCUUAAACUGUUUUCCAACUCUAGGCACCUAUGAGCCAGAGUUGGGUCUGUGUACUAGUAGUUACUAAGGAUAUAUAACUAUAUCCUUGCAAUUGAAAUGUAUGUUUUAUAUAAACAAAAUUUAAGAUCUUGAUGCUUCUGGAUCCCAUGCCAAAAAUGUUUCCCUCAUGCCUUAAUUUCCCACAUAAAUGACAGGCAAAGUAGCUGUCAUAACGGGAGCAUUAUGUGAUAUGUUCUCUUACUUUGUGACUUGCCUCAGUCUCUGUGAUCUCUACAAAUAUGACAAGGUUACAUCAAGAACCUGAUGAAGGGUCCCCUGAAAGUUUUAUUCCACCCAGAUACAGCAAUCUGGUGUUGUUAAGACCAAAGAAGGUUUUAGUUUGAUCAUACUUGUAGGAAAAUACUUGGAUUCUGCUGUUUAAGUGACUUGGAAUGGAGACGUGCUCCACAGGCUUGUUGAGAUGCCAAGCUCUCUAGCCUGUACAUUGCCUUUGCACUGGUCUGUUUGCUAAAUCUGUUCUUGCUGGCACAAAAAUCAAUAUUAAAAAAAAAAAAGCUGUAAAGAGCCCCAAAACUCCCAACAGAUAAGCACACACUUGAGAUUAGGAUUAAGAAAGGAAUUAGUUACCUUUGUGGUUGCAAUGGUUUGGCUUCUUUGUUCUUUGCUCCAGGCCAGGAUAAAGCAAGAGAGGAUCAGCAGAUGUUUCAUUAAAUUUCUUUUGUCAAUGCCUGGUGAAAGCAUUUUCACCAGCAUUUUACUGCCCAUCUAACUCCUGAACCACUGCCUCCUUUAAAAUCUCCUUUUCACUGCAGGCCAUAGUAACUUUGCACUACACCUUCUUCCCCACCUGGUCAUUUGAUUUGUCAUAACUUUCCUAACAGUGAAGUUAUUACUCACCAGGCACACUUCGAGCCACAUGCAGAAAGGCAGCACACACUCAAAUCUGUAACAAACAUCAGUGUUCUUAAGCCUUACCUAGAGCUGUAGCCUGUAGAGCUGCUUGUCUGUGUCACUCCUCUUUUUCUUCUGGCACACCCUCUUCAGUCAUUCCCUACAAUUGUUCAGAAAACAUGCUCCCUUUCACAUCUGCAACCACCUAGAGUGUUUAUCCUGCUGCCACAGGGAAUCCUUGGAGGCUUGGGGCCUGCUCUGUGACCCAUAGCUAGAGGGAAGCCUGCAGGGAUCAGCCUGCAGGGAUCUCUGUUCCUUCUGAGCUGAGACAGCACAGCAGUACCAGCACAGUCCCCUGGCCUAAAAGGAAAAGUUGCUGCAAUAAGUCAAGGUUAAAUUUGAUCUUUGGGAGAGGGAAUAAGGAUAAAAGUUCCCAAUGGCCACACUUGGUGAAAUUACAUUCCUGGGCUAAUUUACAAGGAAACCAAGGUAAGUCACCUCAAAGGAAGAGCAGGGAGGUAGCCAACAGGUGACCUGAACAUGCCUUCAGGCAGUAGCAUGAGGGAACUGGAGGGAGAGAGUUGUUCACCUGGGGAUUAACUGGCAAGUAAGAAGGUUUUGCUGUUUCAUCUACUACCUGAGCAAUUAGGCAACAGAUCGUUUUUCUGAAAAAGGCAAGUGCAUUCCUGGUGCUGAAGUAUAUUUAAAUUUCCAUCACACCAAACACUGGCAUGUACCAGACUAUGAACUCAGUGGCUCCUGUCCUUCUACUAGGGAGCACUCCUUCCUCCAGAAAAUCAAACUGUGAUUAUUUUAAUAGGUUAUUGCCAUCAACAAUGGAUACUGCAGGAAAAGGUUGGCAGGUAAAAGAAACGAGUUUGAUUGGAGAGUAUUAAAGGUGUCAUUGUUGGUUUUAUCUGACACCCUUUCAAAUUGAAGUCUGGUUCUGUUUACAGGCACUUUGUUUCCUGUGUAGUUUCUCUAGUUUAUCAGUGACUCAGAAAUACGAGUCUCCUCCCCCUGAGAGGGACUUAAGCUAUGCAUUGUAAAGACUUGUGCUGAUGAGGUUUGAAGCAAAGAAAAUCAGAUUACUUAUCUGUGCCACUACUUUGCCACUGACUCUGACAAUUUAAGGGUGAUUUAUUAUUUCUGGCCUCUUAGCGGAGUGCCCCAAGCAGAACUGCUCUGAAGUCUUAAGGAGUCUCAAGGGAACUGCACCCCACAUCCAUAUCAGGUAUUAGUUGCAGACAGCAUGGAGAAAUAGAGCACUAUCUAACCCAUGCCUUUCUUUUUCUGCAAUUAAUUCCUUACUAUGGCACUGAAAUCUGUGUGCUUCACCUUUGGUCAUGACAUGUGGGCCAACCUCACAGACAUCCUGCAGGAUUCUGGGCUUGACUUGGCAGAUUGCUGCUGAGCAUGCUAGUUUAGUGAUUCCUUUGUAACCCAGCACAUGUGGGUAACUGUUCUUUCCAGAAGAGCUGGGUGUGUGCUUAAAGUAAGAAUGUAUUCAAGUACCUUGUGGCUUCCAGUUAAAGUGGAAAAAAUGGGACAGAAUUAAUUUCUAAACAAGAUGUUGUAAAAGACCUGUUCAGUACGUGUCAGCCAGUCAGACUUUUGACACAUUACUGGGACAUGGCGCUGCUUCUGUGAUUUCCAAGGAAAAUAUAGGAAGCCAGUGGUAGCAUUGGGUGAUGAUUUGGAUCACUUGUGGCCACGAAUUUGCCUGUCCUUGUUAUGAAGGGAUUAGUGCCGUAGACUUUCUUCUCAAGAGAUCCUUUAUCCUGCUCUGGUUUGCUGGAGAGAAACGAAUUCUCAUUCAUGCUUCAUGUGUCUGGAGGGGACACAGAACCCUCAUGACAACUGUCACAUCAGGCAUCUUGCUAAGACGUGUGUAGGGCCAAACCAAGGAACUGCCAUUGUGAUAAACCAUCGUCUGUCUUGACUAUGGGUUUAUGGCAUAAAGACACUGUUCUUUAAGAUAAAGCAAAUGAGUGUUUUGGAAGUGACACUUUGUGAAAGAGUGCAUCUUGGUGACUUGUGCGCUGGGUGAGUUAGACUAAAGGUGAAACACAUGCAGAAACUGAAAGCUUAAUACACUUGUUGUUAGAUAUCUUCAGAAGGAUAAUAGCUUCAGCAAACUUCUGAGUUGGAACAUUUGCUCUUAAAUCUGUACGUUCAUUAACCUCAUACCUUAAGUGACUGUAACUUUCCCAAGCGCUGAUGUAGACAUACUCUCAGGACAAAUGAUGUUCCCAGUGAAAUAAAACUUGGUACAGCUGAUAGCACUGACUUGUAAGCUGGGAACAAACUGGAAAGCAUCAUAAAUUCAUCUGUGCCUUGCAGGCAGGAUCAUAUGCUUUUCAACUGGCAUAGCCAAAAAUCUGUUUGUACAUAGAUAUCAUUCCUUCCCAGUGGUAGUCAUUGAACAAAUUCUGUUCUACGUGCCAAUAGUCUAUAAGAGAGCAGGUGUUUCUAUAUCUAACGCACUUCAGCUCUGAACACAGGGCUGUUAUUUUGACUUGGGAUCAGGACACAUUCAUUCCAAAGUCUAUGAUCCUCACUGCCAUAAAUACUUUUUGGUGGUUGUUGUGGUAGUUCUUAGCAUUUUGCAUUAUUUUAAAGAAAAGAUCACCACUAAGUCUACUCUACUUGAUUCAAGUGACUUUCCAUACUCUACUUUUGUGGGGUUCAUGAUUUCCCCUUUUUAAAAAAGACUGAUUACAAAAAAUUGCAUACAAGUGUUGAUCUGAAUCUAAUUCAGAUGGGAGGGUGUCUUGGUAUUGCUACUGACUACCUACAGAAAAGUUAAAGUUAGGUAUGUCAGGGGGACUUACCUGGUAAUUCCAAAAUGUAGACUUCUAAGCUGAAUUUGUGUAUAAUUUGAAGACUCUACAUUUAAUAAACAGGGAAGAAUAGGUAGCAUAUGCAUGCCUCAUAACUAACUGAAAAAUCUGCAAGCACUUAAAAAAAUUCUCUCAUGCAUCCCAGUGAGGUGGGGAAAAUACAUGAUAUCCAAGGGUCAUAUCACUUGUGAAAAAAUAUCAUUUCCUAAGGUUUUCGCAAGGCAGAUUCACUUACUAAACCAGUGUCCAGCCCCAUUUGUGUUACAUUUGAAGAACUCUCUGCAUUACUGAAAUACUAGGAAUGGCAGUGGAAAGGCUGGUGGUAAGGGAAUGAUGGGGUAAGGGAGAUGAUUUCCAAAAUGAAAUUUCAGGGUUUAACAGGCUAGGACUUUCUGAACUGGGUGUCCGUUGUGAAGCCUCUGUCACCUCUGAGAGUCUUCCUGCUCAUCUGGAACAUUAGAUGACAAGUAGUCUCAACUCUGCUUCACCUUGCCCCUAAUUCACCUUAGCAGCAUAUGUCUCCAAGGAUUCAGUUUCACCCUGCUGGGUGGGCAGAAAUAGCAGCUUACUGUCACUAAAGGAGGGAUGUACAGGUGCCUCAGCUGAGCCCUGCCUUUCUGCUGUUGGUGCAAUUUUGUCUCCUACCUUGUGCUCCUCUUGGCAGCUUUUGGAUUCCUCUGCAAGCCAAUUUAGUUCCUUAAAGCAAGAGGAGAAAAAAAAGACAUUGAAAGAAGAAAAAAUAAAAUUUUUUUUUAUUUGUUACUGCGUUAGAACUAGUGUGAUGUAGUAAGAUUGAAACUAUGGACCAAAGCUGCCCACUCUCCAUGUUUUGGGAUGUUUUAGUUUACCUCUGGUUCCAAUCUGUAGGCUGCAUGGCCACCAGCUGGGCAUUCAGGUGGGUGUGUGUUACAUGUGCUUCUGGAGCACAUGUUUUGGUUUUAUUUUGCCUGAAAUUGUCUGGUUUAUGUGCUCUAAGAUUGCUCAGCGAUGCCAACCCAGUGUGGUAAGGAGGGACAGUCAGUCAAUUUGUUCCUAAAGAAAACCCCUGAGCUGAGCUAAAGCAUAAAUAGAGACGUGGCCUUAGUGGAUUUGCCUUAGUGGAUUGAAUCAGCUGGAAAGGGUAGUGUCCUUUGGCAGGCUGUGUAUGUGCUCAGCUGUGAGCACACACAACCUACCUGCUGAGAUACUGCCCAAAUCUGAGUUCCUAGUGCUCACCUCCAGCUUGAUGCUAGCUCUGCUUCACUUAGAAAAGCUGAUGAGUUGGCAGCAGAACACUAUAUACCAUGCAAAGUGUGAGGGUUUUUUGCUAAAAGCUGUAGUUUUCUUGAUGAUUGCAAGGUGAGCCUAUCUGUACAAGAAAGUGGUACAGGUGAGGGAAUAUACCCAGUUUGCAAACAAGCAACCACACUUCAUUAAUCAAUUGGUGCAAUUUUUGGGCAUGCACAUGGUUAGGUGUGUGUGACAGGAUUGUGUAUACAGAGCAAAAUCAAUCCUAGAAACCUACUUGUCACACCCCACUUUUGGAAAAGCUCAGGGUGUGACUCUCAACUGAUAUUAGUGGUAUUCGUGAAGGGUAAGCUUCCAAAUGUAAAUCGAUGGCCAAGAUUUUAAACAGGUAAUUUGUAAGCACCAAAGCUGAUGAAGCACGAAUUCCUAUGUUUUCUAUCUCGUGACUGAUAACCUCUGCAGGGUGGGCCUGCAGUCUGCCAGAAGGAUGGACUAUAGCUUUCCUAUGUACAGAAUCUCUGCUUUAUAGAAAUAUGUGGGCAUCCGUCGUAAGGAUAAAGCAGUCUUCCCCUGCUUUCCCCCUCCUUCUUUAUCUGCCUAUUUUCAUUAAAGUUGUAGGACCUAAACAUUUUUAAAGGUACCCAUUCUUCUGUCCUGUGUGGCUUGAAUGGGCCAACACUCUAUCUAGGUGCAGGGUGAUUACAUUAGCUUCAUUUCCAUGGGAAGCCAGAUAAGAACAGGGAGCCAGGGGUAAGCUUCCACAACUCUAUUCAAAGGUGAACCAGAAGCAAAGAAAAACACAUAGUAAAUCAUUGCAACACCUGCCUUUUGGUAUCUGCCUCUUGAGCAUGGUCCCAAACACUUUCAUGGCUCCCAAUUUGCAGUUUGAGAGAGGAGGCAGACAUUGCAGAGCUGGAUUGGGAUUCUGCACAGCAGCAGACAGGGAGUGUGCUGAGAAACACUUGGGGAGUGUAGAUCUCAUUCCAGAUCUACAGCCUUGUGCUUUUUCACCUAAAUUCUUUCAUGGAUCAAGUUCUAAGUUAAUAGGUGAACCUUACAUUUAUACUCCCAGGCUGCAAUUUAUAGACCUGUCUAAUGAAAUUGAAAAUUCAACUAGGAUGUGAGAAACCAGCUUGAUUUGGGAGAAAAGACUUACUAAUCGAGGUUUCCAAUAGUCAGUUUUUAACUGAAUUUUAGUUUGCAUAGCCAGAUGUCUCAGGUCAUUUUAAUCUCCUUGCAGGCAUGCUGCCAGCUAAAAGAUUUUUUGUGUUUCUUGUAGGUAGCCUAAAGAUGGAUGUUCCUAAAGAAGUUCAGCCUACAGGAGAGUUCGAGUGUCAGCUCUGUGGGUUAAGAGCUCCCUACACGUACUAUGGGCCAAAGCCGCCAAACUCACACUCUAUUGUGCUUUUGGAAGAAGCCUAUGUCAUGAAGGAUCCUUUCACCCCUGACAAGGACAAAUUCCUCAUCCUUGGGUCUCGUUGCAGUUUGUGUAGCAGAUCAGUAUGUGUUGGUGCAGAAUGUAGUCUGUUCUACUCCAAAAGGUUCUGUCUUCCCUGUGUGAAGGAAAAUAUAAAAGCCUUUCCUUUGGAAAUACAAGAAGACAUGGAUAAAAGGAAGCCCCAGCAGAAAUCCUCCAAAAAAACACAUACAAAACAUAAAUCCUGAAGGACCAAGAGUGACAGUUCUUUGGCUGGGGUUUCUCCUCUCUCUGUUCAGAGACUAGCAUAUUGCUCCUUUUAAAGUAGUAACCUUCAUCAGCUCACUGAAGAGAAUAACACAUUUCCUUACACUGGGUUCCAACAUCACUGUGCAGCAGCUGCAGAGCCAGCGGAACGACUCCAAGGUAUGGAAGAGCCAGGAAGGAAGGCAGAGGAGCCUGCUGUCAUUGUGUAAAGUGCUUGUUGCAAAAAACCAAACAGCAGAGGAACCAUGUCCAAAUUUACACAUUUGCUACUUGAAUGCUUUGUGUUGUUCUUGACACGCCUACAGUGUUAUCUGAGACACAUUUAACUGGCUUAAUUCAUCCAAGAAAGUCACCAUACACCAGUCUUUAAUCUGGCAGUGCUGUGCUGGUAAGAUUACAGUUAUUACAGGGAAUUUAGAGCUUUAAGUCUAAAAUAAACCUUUACGAGAAAAUGUCACUGAUACCAUAGAAAUACCUGAAUUUUUCAAUAUGAUAAUCUCAAUACUAUCAUAGCAUUGAGACUUCUGGACAUUGGUGCUCCUAUAAUAAAAUACCAAUAAAAAUACUUACAAGUCCUUUGCACUUGCAGUCACUCAACCUUCCAGUCCAUGUCAGUACAGCAAUUGGGGAGGACCCUGAACACAUCAAGUUUAUGCUUUACAAUAAAGGUGACUUCCUUUUCACUUUCACAUCAGUUAAUCUGGACAUAAAAAAUUCCAUUAAUAAGCUCAAUUCUUUCUGAACUGGACAAUUAAACUGGAUCUAUAAUAGAGAUGUCAGAAACAGUUUCAGUUAAAAAAGAGUAAAAAAUUGUUACAGAAACAGCAGUUUCUUUAGCUCAAAAGUUAGCUUCUCAGUCACCUGUUUUGACUGUCUUAAAAGAUGAUUUAGGUGGCUUUUACGUAAAACCAGUCACACACCCUAAGGAUAUGUUUAGAAAGCUCCCUAAUACAAAAUCACCUUUUUUACUCAAGUUUUUGUUGGUCAUUAUUUCAGAACCUGUUACUGCAUUGGUUAACAUCUCUUUUUUUUCAACUUAUCCAUGCAUAUAACUUGUCACAGAACAACAUCUAAACCUGAUCAUUUUAGUAGAAUGAACAUGUCUCUGUUAAAAGAAAUCAUCAUCAUUUCAAUGAGUUAUUUUUAGGUAUUAGGACAUCUGAGUGUCCUAAAAUCUUUCUUUUUUCUGGGCAUAGUAUUUUGGUGUCCUCUGUUAAGGACUAGAAUUUCUUGCAGUGACUAGAGGAGCAAUAAAGGACCUAUUAGUAGCCUUUUCAAGCUCUAAGUGCUUUAAGACAUAAAAUAUGUCUCUAAUUGUGGAAAAAAAGAUC